AUGGAGACUGCAGAGAGUGAUAUGCCAUUAUUGGGUGAAGAACCAGGUUCCAACCCGGCUCUGAUGACAGGAACGGAGGUGGGCGAUAUGGCACGAUUGGACGAGAUAACAUCGGAUGGCGAAAAAACAAGGGAUAGGGGCGGCAAGAAUGCCGCAUGGAUGGGAAAAGAUCACAGGAUGCUUAUAUUCACAUUGCCUGAUGGUAAAAGCAUUGUUGGACCCGACCUAAAUGAGUACAAGACAGCUAUUGGGGUCAUUGCACGCAACGGAGCUCGACUUCCUCUAAAUUACCCCACGUUAACUGAUAUACCGGAGACGAAGAGACAUGGUGCAUGGAUGGAGGUUCAGAGUAACAGCGGAUUACCAGACUCAGCAGAGAAAGUGGUCAUGGCUGACCUAAGGGAAUGGCCAAAGUUGGUUGAGUACUGGCGCGAUGAAAAGGUGAAGCUUCAAUCCAAGAAAAAUGCGUCAAAUGUACAGAAAAUAAGCUUUCCGCAUCGUACUGGGCGAAAGUCCUUCACAACUCUCGCCGAUAAGAUCAAAGUGAAGGGGAAGGACCCCGACAAUUUGGAGAUUUGGAUAUCCAGUCAGACACAAGGCAAGGGGAAGGACGACCAAGAAACCGAGGAGAUUUUGACAUAUUUACAGAAUGAGCUAAACAAGAUUCCCCCUGAAGGGCGGACUCCCUCUGUUCGGGAGACUCUGUACCGACGGGCCCUUGGGGAAAAGAUUAAGAAGUGGUCAAAGGUCGAUAGUGCGGCAAGUUCAGCCCAUCCUCGCAAUGAAGCAACUAGUUUAACAGAUAGUGUAGCAUUCGAGCAAGGGUGGGAACAAAUACAUAAUGGAAUUGCAGAGUUGAAGGCAAUGAUGGUUGAGUUCAAAACUAUCAAGUCUGAUAUGUAUGCAUUCAUGCACAGAAACUCCGGAGCAGUUACUGGCCAGGCAGGCACAUCUCGUAUUGAUUCAGUCUCUGAGCUUCCCAGGCCUGUGUCCGAGCCAGGUCUGACGGUCGGCACGCGUGUGCUUCUAUUAUCCCGCACCGGGACUUCUGCUCUGCCCCCCUGCGCCAGGUGACACACUUUCCCUGGUCAAGGUCUUCGUGACAUCCGCCUCAGUCCCGGACACACCCUCUAUUUUGCCGACCAUUGCUGGGGUGACUACCCUUCAUGAUGUCGUUGGUGAAGAUCCUAUUGAGUGGAACUACAGUGACCUCAAGCGCCGCCCCUGAAGCGUAUCUACCGAUUCACCCGUGUUAGUUGCCCCGUUUGUCUUAUGGAAUGUAUGUCGUACCUAUUUUUCGCUGGAUUGUGUUGAGGCUGUGUGAACGAUAUGUGGAAUGGAUGCAUAGACCAUUGGAGUUUUAAUUCGUGUGGUGAACGAUGUGGUUAUCGAUUGAUGGAUAUCCGUACUUGCUUAUUGUUAGGUUUGGUGUUUGAACUGUUAAGCCCGUUUUGCGGAACAGGAUGUUGCUGUGUAGUGUUUGCUAGGCUUGUUUUAUGGGUUGCUUUACUUUGUUGUUAGGUAUGGAGAUUGUCGAGUAAAAACUGUGGUGUCCAUGUCCCUUAAUGUCGGGAUUCUUAUGCAUACUAUGAAUUAAUGUUUGCAAGUAUUGCUAAUGAUGAU